AUGAGUUACGUUAUCACCCUCAUUUCUCACCUGGAGACAGUCGCUGCUCCAGAACACGUGUCGAAAGCCAAAGACUUUAUUACUGCCCAAUUAGGCCUCACCAUAGAGUUAGAGAAGGCACUUUCUCCCAGAGCCAUAGAUUUUAUCGUUGGAGAACCAGCCAAUUUAGAGUCUACUAAAUCCAGCAUAAAGUCCCACUUAUUGAGCGGUGAUGCUGUACCCCCCUAUGACUUGAUUUUCCAAAAAAAUGACGACGCUAGAAAGAAUAAGAAGUUGUUCAUAUUUGACAUGGACUCCACCUUAAUCUAUCAGGAAGUCAUUGAGCUUAUUGCAGCCUAUGCUGACAUCGAAGAUAAGGUAGCUGAGAUCACCACCAGAGCCAUGAAUGGUGAAUUGGACUUUAAUCAGUCGUUGGCCGAAAGAGUCAAUCUCUUAAAGGGUAUUGACUCCACUUCUAUCUGGGAAGAAUUGAAACACAAGAUCCAAAUCACCAAUGGUGCCAUAAAAUUGGCCGCAUUCUUAAAGAGUAAAGGUGCCGUAUUGGGUGUUCUUUCUGGUGGAUUCAUCCCGCUUGCAGAACAUAUCAAGGGCCAAUUAGGUUUAGAUUACGCCUACGCUAACACUUUAGGUACAAACGAAACCAAUAUCUUGAAUGGUACUACUGUUGGUCCCAUUGUCAACGCAGAACGUAAGGCUCACCUACUCUUGGAGAUUGCUUCCAAACACGGAAUAGACCCUGUGGAUGCCGUAGCAGUAGGCGACGGAGCAAAUGAUUUGAAGAUGAUGGAAGUUGCGGGGUUUGGUGUAGCUUGGAAUGCCAAACCGAAAGUCCAACAAGUCGCACCUUGUUGUUUGAACACCAAGUCAUUGGCCGAUAUCUUGUACAUAUUAGGUUACAGUGAUGAUGAGAUAUAG